AUGACUUCAUCGAUACUAUGCAUGCUUUCAUAUUUAUUUGUACUUAUGUUAGCUGCAAAAAUUCCGGAAAAAUCGAUCAAAAAAGUUCAUAUUCCGCAAACGAAUUGUAAAUUCUCUGUACAUAACGGUGGACCGAACGGUGAAGAAAUUUCGGGUACAAAUUUGAACUCAGAACUAUACUAUAAAAUAAAAUGUGAAAAAGAAAAGGGUUACUGCCUACAUGUUGCAAAUUGUACAGUGAAAAGUGAUAGGGAAAGUAUAGAACCAUAUCGUAUCAUCAAUGAAAAUGGUUGUACUUUAGAACCAAGUUUGUUCGAGCAUGUGCAGUACGAAGAUGAUUUUACCGCUGGAAUUUACAAUCCACUUCCAAUUCGAUUCCGCGGUUCCAGCUCAUCGGUGCAAUUUUUCUGUGCCACAACAUUAGUACCAACAGCUAAUGAUGAAUGUUCUCGUAAAAUGUGCACUUGGAAUGAAUAUGAUGUAAAUCAUAAUUUCGAGAAAAAAAAAUAA